AAUAAUUUUAAUAAAUACAUGAUGGACUUCAAUAAAUCAUUGGAUGAACUAAUCGCUGAAAAUAAGGAGCGUGAAAGGCACAAUGAACGAUUCAAUUUAUUUAAAUUCGAUUACAAUAAAAGUUUAGAUGAUAUAAUCGCAGAUAAAAAAAAUCAUCAACAAAAACGCUGGAAACUCCGUCGUAAUAUCUCUCGAAAAAAUUGGAUUUAUAAAAAUCGUGCCAAAUUUACUUUUAAGCAAGGGGUUCAAAAUUAUGCUAUGGUAAUGAUUUAUAAUGUUAACAAAUAUGUAACCAAUGAUGAUCUACAUACUCUCUUCGAAGAUUUUGGAGUUAUAAUUGAUUUGAGCGUGCAUUACAACAAUGAUGGUCAAUCUUUAGGUAUAGCACAUAUUUUGUAUAAAAUAGGAAGGAUGCUUUUUCAGCUAUUAAGGCUUACAAUGGAAUAAACCUAGAUGGAAUUCCAAUGCUAAUAAAAUUAUGUAGUUUGGUAGAUAUACGUUUUUGCAGAUUAUAUGGAAAUCGUUAAGUAAAAUUUCAUAACACAAGAAGAAGAAGUUAAGGCAAUGACUAUUUUAAUUAAUUUACUUAAUAGAAUUUUGAA